UUGAAAGGGAAAGGAAACUCCCCGGAUGCUGCCUAGCCUAGCUUGAGACCGGCUCGGAACUUUCCAGAAAAAGUCAGCGCGAGAAGGAGAAGGAAGAAGGAGAGGAGGCUCGAGCCGGCUGUUAGAAGAGAAAGAAAGAGAGAGAGAAGACAGGGCUGCUUUCAUUGUAAGCCUGCGUUUGGGUCGAAAGCGCGAGUAUCUAUUGCACCAUGGUGAAGGAGACCACAUACUAUGAUGUGCUUGGGGUAAAACCUAAUGCAUCCCAAGAGGAACUGAAAAAAGCUUAUAGGAAACUGGCAUUGAAAUACCACCCUGAUAAGAAUCCAAAUGAAGGUGAAAAGUUCAAACAGAUUUCUCAAGCUUAUGAAGUUCUUUCUGACACCAAGAAAAGAGAUUUGUAUGAUAAAGGUGGUGAACAAGCCAUUAAAGAGGGUGGUACUGGAAGCAGCUUUGGGUCACCCAUGGAUAUAUUUGAUAUGUUCUUUGGAGGAGGCGGGCGAAUGCAACGAGAGAGGAGAGGUAAAAAUGUUGUUCAUCAGUUGUCAGUAACUCUAGAAGACCUAUACAAUGGAGCAACACGAAAACUCGCUCUACAAAAGAAUGUGAUUUGUGACAAAUGCGAAGGCCGAGGUGGCAAGAAAGGUGCAGUGGAAUACUGCCUUAAUUGCAGAGGAACAGGCAUGCAAGUAAGGAUUCACCAAAUUGGGCCUGGAAUGGUUCAGCAAAUCCAGUCAGUGUGUAUGGAAUGCCAGGGCCAUGGAGAGCGCAUCAGCCCCAAGGAUAGAUGUAAAAGCUGCAAUGGAAGGAAGAUUGUUAGAGAGAAGAAAAUUCUUGAAGUCCAUAUUGAUAAAGGAAUGAAAGAUGGUCAGAAGAUAACUUUCCAUGGUGAAGGCGACCAGGAACCAGGGUUGGAGCCAGGAGAUAUCAUUAUUGUUUUGGAUCAAAAAGAUCAUUCUGUGUUUACAAGACGACAUGAAGACUUGGUCAUGUCCAUGGACAUUCAACUAGUUGAGGCACUGUGUGGCUUUCAAAAACCAAUUGCAAUGCUAGACAGUCGAACCAUAAUCAUUACUUCUCAUCCUGGUCAGGUUGUCAAAUAUGGAGACAUUAAAUGUAUACUGAAUGAGGGAAUGCCAUUCUAUCGCAGACCAUAUGAAAAGGGUCGUCUAAUAAUUGAAUUUAAGGUGAUCUUUCCAGAUAGUGGCUUCCUUUCCUCUGAUAAGCUCUGUCUGUUAGAAAAGCUGUUGCCUCCAAGGCAAGAAGUGGAGGAAACUGAAGACAUGGACCAGGUAGAGUUGGUGGACUUUGACCCCUCUCAGGAAAGAAGGCAUUCCAAUGGGGAAGCCUAUGAAGACGACGAGCACCAUCCCAGAGGUGGCGUCCAGUGCCAGACGUCUUAAAUCGGCCUCAUGGUUUUCCCUGUGCUGCUUGUCUUGUAUGUCAGUUGUGAAUGAGUGAAGGAUUAAAGUUGCUAAUCUCUCAAACUUGCCAUUGUCCCUGUAAUAUUUAGACAUAGUUGUUUUUAAAUCAAGUUAAUAAACUUAAAAACUGUAAACUACACUUCAAUCAAGUUGAAAUGCUGUUCUAUUUCCAUAUGGCCUCCUAAGGAAACCAGAAGUCAAUUUGCUCUGGCUUUUUAAUUUUAUUUUGUGCAUCAUAAGUGUAUUGUGUGCAAAUGCACUGGCUUAGUAUUCAGUGAUUUCUGUUUAGUAUUAUAAAUUAUAUUCCCCUUAAGUAUGCACAUGUAUUUAUGAUUCAUGUUACAAAUGUGAAAUUAAAGUUUUGUAUUCUUCAGCUUCUAGAUACAUUGGUGUGUUUUGGAUGUAGUGUGGCUGGUUGAGGCUUCACAAGGCACCUGCAUGGCACUGUAUACCUUCCUCUCCUGGAGAAUCAAGCCCUGUCCUGCCCCGUCCUGCCUCCUAGUUCUAGCUACAACACUGUAAAAUCCCUCUAUUAAUAAUGGUAUGCAGGACCCUAGCAUUGCUAAUUAAUGAGUUGAAAAUUCAACCUGUAAUAGAGCUUAUGUAGGAUGAAAACCAAAUGUUCAGCAUUUUUGAAUAGGAAAUACGUGGCUUUUUAAAAUAACGGUCACUCAAUUGAAAAGUAGUAAAGAUAGAAAGCUAUUGUACAUUUAAGCUCUCUUCCAAAUUUGUGUAACUCAUGAAUGAAUGAAUUACCACAAUUUGAGGGGAUGUCUAUGUGCUCUUAGUUCCUGAAAAGGGCUACCUCUACCAUUGGGCAUUUCAAAGUAUUUGUAUUUUAGCUUCACAGAUUACAGCUGGCCUUUCAUUAACUGCAGGAAGGCUUAAUAACUGAUUCAAGUGCCUCUUCUAGGACUAAAAUGUACUUACGCCGACCCUUGACCUUUUUCUUUAAAAUAUCCCUGUUAUUUGAUAGGCAAGCCCGGCUGUAACCCUUAUGCUGUGCAUAUAGAGCAGGUGGGCUAAUGGAUAUGGCAUUCCAGUGCUCUGCCAUUUCAACACCAGGUCUUAACCAUUUGAGGUUUUAAUCUAUGGCUUCUUCCCAGGGGUUUAAGUUGCAUUGCAAUUUAUUAUGGUCCUUGUGAUAAGGAUGAUUUAACAGAAACGAGUAUGUUAGUGGAAUGAAGAAUCUGACUUGACAAAUGCUUGCAUAUUGUACUUCAAACUUGAGUUUCAACCCAUGGGGGGAAAUAAACACUAUCUUUACUUCUAA